CCUUAUGUCAAUUAACGCAGCCAAUAGUUUUUUUUUAAAUAUUUCACAAAUAAUAAUGUAACGUAAUUUCAGGUUUCUAUUACAACAUUAAGAAAAAGCAACAAAAAAUGAAAUCAAUUUAUAAAUUUUAGUUAGCACAGAAUAACAAUAGAAUUAUUGCGAUGGCAGGUUGUUGUCAAUGUCCGAGCGGCGGUCAGCAGGACAGGCUGCCGCUGAUCUGCCUAGUGCCGCGUGGCGACGGCGUGGGCACGGCUGCGCCCCCGACGUCCGCCACGCCGCCCGCGCCUUCCGCGCCCCCCGCGCGCUCCACCGGCGCCCUGGACUUCCCCCUGUUGGACGACGAGUACAUCAAGAAACACUUCAAGCUGCCGCCGCGCCCUCUCUACCUGGACCCCUUCAGGAGGCCGCUCAUCACGUUCCCGACUUCGCAGGAAGCGGCCAAAAACUUCAACAUGGCGCGCAAGACCAAGAUCAACCAGCAGAUUCUCGACGGAUACUUGGACCCGUCAGAAGCCAUCUCCGCACCUAGUGUGUUUCCAUAUGCGCAAACUACGAAAGAAACUGAUAAAUCAAAAGCUGAAGAGGAAGAGGUGAUCUACAUCUUGCAAUUGCCAGAUUGGGAGUUUAAGUGCCCGCUGCAUGACCAAGUCGUCAAAACACCGAGAUUCAUCUGGCACUCGUGUAAGAAGUCAGAGCGGGAGAAGAAAGGUGGGGAACCUAAAGCCGGCGGCGGGCCGCUGCAUCGCCCCAAGCCCUGGUUGCUAAGUCGACACACGGACUUCGACAUGCUGUCGCAAUGGUAGCUCUGCAGCCCCGCACCCCCGCAGCCCAAACACACCUGCAACAACCGCAACACAUGCACAAAACUUGCUAUUAAUAUAAACAGCCUUAUAUCAUC